AUGGGCCCCUGUACCGCCUCCUCAUGCUGCUGCCAGGCCCGUAAUCUGCCAUGGGCCCCCGUACCGACUCCUCAUGCUGCUGCCAGGCCCGUAAUCUGUCAUGGGCCCCUGUACCGCCUCCUCAUGCUGCUGCCAGGUCCAGAGUGUGUCAUGGGUCCCUGUACGGCCUCCCAUUGCUGCUGUCUCCAUCGCCACACUCUGCCAUGUGCCACUUUCAGGUCUCCUCACACUGCUGGUGGGUUCCAUUUUUUAGUAGGGUGCUGUAUGGCCUCCCAUUGCUGCUGCCUCCACCGCCACACUGUGGCUCCACACUCUGGUUUUGGCCCCGUGACUGCCCAAAUGAGUGAAGUGUGCGGUGAUUCUAAGAUCGACGGCACUCAUCUGCAUGUCAUACUGACUGACAGUAUUAUUUCUCUUCCCCAGCAGACUCCAAGGGCAUUUAAAUUAAAGGUACAGUGUUCUGCACUAAUAUAA